GUGUCAAUAACCAUGAGUGGUCCCUAACGAUCGAUGUAGUAGUGGUUAUGGAUGGGUGUGCUGGAUGAAGAGAGGCGAUUGAUUUGAUGAUUUGGUCGUCCCGUGCCGCUGAUGAGACGUUCGUUUUGUUUAUGAAGAUUGAUGUGAAAUUUGGCUAACCAUUAAGCUAACCACCACUAUUGUCACAGUGUUCAAACACACUGUUUGAUGUUGAUGGGAUGAUUUUUUGUUUGAAUUUCAUGCGCACACGGGCCCGGUCGCACACACAUCAGAUAAGAUAAGAUGCGCGGGCAAAGAGUUUUGCAUCCCAAAACAUAUCUUCUUCCCUCGCAGUUUGUGCCGCCGGUACACCGCGGGCGAGCGGUCCAGGGCGGUGAAAUUAUUCCAUUGUGUUUGGAAGCCGCCCCGGUCAUGGCCAAUGACUGAGCAGUUCUAUUAAUUUACUUGUUAUCAUCUAGCGCUGCUCUCUGGGGGUGGUGGUCAGCCGGUUUCGCGCGUACCCGUGGAGACUGAUUUGCGAUUUUAAACACAUCAGUCUUUUGCAAGUCACGGCACAGCAAACCCUCCGCAGAAAUUGCACAGUGUAGCCUAUAAUGAUUGUACAGUUUAAUGUCAUUGCCAAUCCUGCACGAUAAGAUAUCUCGCCCCGUUCGUAUUGCAACACUCGUAUUUUGUAAGGAAGCAUUUGUCUUUGUCACACCUUCUGCCUGGUUCUGAUCGGACCUCGGACUAGUUGCUCUCGAUACGCCGGUUUAACAGCACACAACGGCAAUCGUCUUGAACAGUGCCCGGGUUAGUUGAGUGAAAGAGAAGGUGAAAAUGGUGCUUGAAUCACUAGAGCAAGUAACAAUUCCGGAAGAAGCAGCAAUUGACAAAGCAAUGACUGAAAAUCAUGUGACGCAACCGAACGUGAGUGAAGUAACGAGGGAUGCCGCCGCACGUGAGCUUCCUGCAUUCUUUUACACGGCCAUGGAGCAAGUGGCUCGCGAUGAAGGAUUCACCGCCGGACAGUACACCAUCGAAACGGAGGAUGGGUCGAGCAAAGGUGACGGGUUUAUCGGAGAAUUGUUCCGAGCCUACCUUUCCGAGGGUGAUCGACGGGAGACGUACCUGUGCAAGAUACCCCCGCUGAACGAAGCACGCCGUCAGCAGUUUGGAACGAUGGAGAUCUUCGAGCGAGAGGUACUGAUGUACAACAAGCUCCUUCCGCUCAUGUUCGCUUACCAGGAGGCAAAGGGAGUGGGUCGUGGGGAUGGAUUUUUCUGCAUCCCGAAAUGUUACCACGCACACUACGAUGGCCAGUCGGCGGAAGCGAUCAUUGUGAUGGAAGAUUUGCGCCUGAACCACUACAGUAUGUUUAACAAGGACAAACCGGUAGACUACGAGCACGCCCGGCUAACGAUGGAGCAGCUGGGCCGUUACAAUGCGGUAUCGUUGGCGAUGAAGCACGACCGGCCCGAGCAGUUUGAACAGUUCAAGAUGCAGGAUUCGAUGAAGGAGAGUAUGGGUCCGGAGCAUCCAUUCAUCGUCAUGCUGCAGAAAACGACACGCGAUGCGAUGGAAACGCUCGAGCCGCAUGAAUCGAGGGAGCGAAACAAGAUGCAAAAACUGCUCGACGGCAUGCUGGCUGAUGUGGACCGAUACGCCAACUUUGAACUGGCAGAACCGUACGCGGUACUCGGGCAUGGUGACUGCUGGAUCAAUAACAUGAUGUACCGGUAUAAGAACGGAACACCCGAGCACAUUGUUCUGCUGGACUGGCAGGUGGCCCGGUACUGCUCGCCCAUACUCGACCUGGCGUACUUCAUCUUCUGCUGUACGGAUGAGGAAUUUCGACGCCGGCACUACGACGAGAUGAUGAGCAUCUACUACAACUCGCUCGCAACGCUGCUCGAAAAGCUCGGCCACAGCCCGCAGGAAGUGUUCCCGCGCACCGCUUUUCUGCGUCAGCUGCGGCAGUACGGUCGGUUUGGAUUGAUGCUGGCCGUGUUUCUCGUGCCGAUGUUGUGUACGCGCAACGAGGAUCUGCCCGACAUGAACGCGACCGCUGAAAUGUUCCGCGACACGGAUAACGUUGAUAUCGCUAUCUACACGAAGCACACAAAUCAGAGCGCUUACCGUAAGCGCAUGAGGGCGGUGAUACGGGAUACCGUGCGAUAUGGCUACAUUUGAUUGGCUUGAUUAAAAGCUUCGAUGAAGACGCAAGCCGUGUGUUGAUUGAAAUGGCCAUCGGAAAGGACCGGGAAUGGUUAAACGAGCAUGCGGUACAACUAGUAACAAUGCAAGA